CAAAUCUUGAGAAAACUUGGAUUAGCAUGUCGUUUCGGUGAGAAAGUAUUUAAGAAAGAAAAUGAAAAUUUAGAAAACGUGGCGUAGAACUGUAGUUCUUAUAGCGGUGGAGGAGAGGGAAUUAGAGAGAGAAAGGGGGAAACCGAGAAAGCGAGGGUUUAGAACAGGGGAAGACGGUGUCUCCCACCGCCGGUCAGUCUUAGAUUGUAAUCGCCAUCGGCGCUCGCCGACGUGGACAGAGAGAGGUCGCGUUACUUCUGUUAGAACCUUUUCCGGAUCGAGGAAGCCGAGAGAUUCAACAAGGGAAGUCCCAUUUCUCUGCUUGCCCGUCAGCUCGCCGCCUGCAGCGACUCGUUGUUUACUGUUCAGCGCUAAGCAUGGGAGGUCGAGGUGUUAUUGGCGAUAAAUGGUCCAUGAGGAUUCUCUGGAUGUGUGCUCUCGGAAGUGCAGUCGGUUUGUACAUGGUUGCAGUAGAAAGACAAGCGCAAAACAGAAAAAAGAUGAUGGCCGAAGGUUUUACAGGUCUGGAUGACGAUGGGGGCGAAGGGGACGAUGUCUAGACUCUAGAUGCUCUGGUUUGCUAUAGCAACUUUUAUCUGUUUCUCUGAAGAGUAUGAAUAAGUCCUGUAUUUUUUUGCUGUCUUCGUCAUUUCUGAGUCGAAGUUUGCAGUUCCAAAUGCUAGCAGAGAUUGCCACAUCUAGAAACUAGUACCAUACCAUAUUGAAAUUGCUGAAAUUGCUACUUUAGAAGAUAAAAAGUCUGUCGUUAAAUGACCCUGGCAGGCUCUCGGCGAUUUGGGUUUAUCAAUAGUGACUUUUACAGCUAGCUGCGGGUCGAAUGCAGUUGCAGCUUCCUUGGUGCAUGAAGA